UUUUUUUAAAUAGGUGGAGCUGCAGGCUGCUAUUUAAAGUCCUCAUACAGUCCUUCAACACAGCCUAAUUCUACGUGGGACCAAGGACACAGGUACAAGAGAUCUUUUCCCAGUUUUGCACCAUGGCAGUAGAGAGAAAAGUGUAUGUUCUCUACACUGGAGGAACAUUUGGAAUGAAAAAAGAUGAUACUGGGAGACUCGCUCCACAGGGUCUGGAUGGGAUCAAAGACUUUCUCAUCGCCCACACCAUCCUUUACGAGAGGAACCCAGGAGAAUCAGAGGAGGAAGUCAGGAAACGCAUCAUCACCCCGGAUGGUCUCAUCACACUAUAUCACCAGUUGGCUGAUGAUGACCCCAGAACCAAAGACAAACAGUACAAGAUCCUUUACAAACUUGAUACCCUACCAAAGCCAAUUGACUCCUCAAGUUUGGUCCCUGAUGAUUGGGGAACCAUGGCUGAAAGAAUUCAGCUUAAUAUGGAAAAGUUUGAUGGGUUUGUUAUUAUCCACGGCACGGACACGAUGGCCUUCACCGCUUCUGCUCUGUCCUUUAUUCUGAGGGAUCUCCACAAGCCUGUGAUCGUGACGGGAGCUCAGAUGCCCAUCUUCCAUCCUCGGACUGACGGUCUGGAUAACUUUGUUGGUUCUAUGCUCAUGGCUGGGUACUUUUCUGACAGAAAAGUGCUGCAUAAGGUGAUGCUUUAUUGCUUGAACAAACUGUACCAGGGCAACCGAGUGGUGAAGGUUGACUGUGACUCCUUCGGUGUGUUCGACAGCCCUGACGUUUAUCCUCUUGCUAGCCUGGAAAGCACAAUCAAGCUGAUUACUUCAGUAAUUGAGCAUAAGAAGGUGGAGCCUGUCGUCUCCUGCUCUGUGAAGCGCACGUUCACAUUGAAAAAAAAACCAGAAGUGAGGAUCCUGCGAUUUUUCCCUGGGGUGACAGAAAGCUAUGUGCAAGGAGUUCUGGAUGGAGCUGAUGGUGUUGUCCUGGAGACCUUUGGUUCUGGGAAUGUUCCAGAAGUUGAUUGGCUGAAGAAUCUCCUGACUGAAGCAGAUAAAAGAGGUGUUCUGAUGCUGAACUGCUCUCAGGUGUAUCGUGGCACUGUCUUACCCAUCUAUGCUGCAUCAAAGAUUCUGACAGAUGCACAUGUUAUUCCUGGAUAUGACAUCACUCCUGAAGCAGCAAUGACCAAACUGAUCUGGGUGCUGAAAUCAGAUCUUGACCAUCUGAGAAGACAGCAGAUACUGGAGCACAGCGUCUGUGGAGAGUCACGUGCCCCCGCGAUGUGGCUGAAAACAGAACCUGGCCUGUGAGGACGGACACCGAACCAAAAUCAACGUCAAGAUGAUUAAUUAUUAAAACAUGAAAUGAUUUGAUCUGUUUGUGGGAAAGGUCAUGAAAACUAUGUCCUAUAACAUAAUCAAAAAACUAAUUGGUCCCACUUUAUAUUGUGUCUCUAUUAACUUUGUAGUUACACAUGAGUAACACAUGUAAGAUCAUUGUUACUACUGAUGAUAUUGUCACUGUUACAGAUGGAUUACAGCAGAACAGCUCACAUAAUUACAUGUGUCAUCUUCAGUUUUGCCUCAUAUAAGUAGACGUGUAUCUUGAUAGGUGUAACAGCAUAUUCUCUAUCAUGUAAUCAACGAAGGCAAUAACAUAAAUGUAAUUACAUUUGUAAUUACACUGUAACAGCAGUUUUUAAGACAUCUUUUCCAUCAGUGAAAGGAAGUGUGUAAUAACUCACAGUAAGACAUUAAUUACACUGGAUCUGCACUGAAAAUGUCAGUUUUCCUAACAUUUAGCUAACAUUUACUUUGCUAGUGCGGUGACAUUGUAACCAGUUUCAGCUUUAAACCAUUCUGUAAUGUGAUGGUUCUUACACAGCAACAGCCACAGCAAUGUCCACUUAUCUUAAAAUGUAACUUGUA